AUGGCGUCAUUUUCACCUCCGCGGGGCACCUGGUUGCUGGUGUUGUGCAUUUGUCUCGUGCUGCUACCAUCAAAAGCAGCUGCGUUUGGAGCGGGUAAUAUUCCGUCGAUUGCACAGGUUGAGGGACACAACUGGCGCCAUGGAGAUAUUGAGGACAUGCUGACAAGCAUUGCCUUCCUACACGGCAAGAAAUGGACAUCUAUGCUUGUCAAGAGAACGUACUUUGGUAAUUGGCUCCGUGACUACUCACAAGCUGUCGAUGUCGGCUCCCUCAAGGGCGUCAACGCUCCCACAAUUCGCAUUUUGGUUUGGAUCCUCUCAUUCAUGUCCUUUGGCUACGCCACGGAGGAAUUUGAGGUAACCGAAGAACGCUUGGGUUGCUACCGCCCGGAGGAGCACAUUGACAACCCUAAGGGCUAUGCAGAUGGCAUUGACGCUCGAACACUCGACCCUCGCCUCCGUGGUCCGGUUGAUCCCAUAGAGAUUGACAUCGAUCCACACACUGGUAUGAAGAACUACAUUGCUAAUGAGAACGGACGAUGGGCUACCAGUGCCGGCUAUCUCCGAUACAGCUUCGCUCGAAGCAUUCACUUUGGCCGUCUCUACACCAGUGGAUCACAGAGCGGCAAGGAGGCAGACCUGUGUGAAGCGCUCAGAUGCCUUGGUCAGGCCCUUCACUGCAUGGAGGACUUCAGUGCCCACAGCAACUACUGCGAGCUGGCCCUCCGUGAGUUAGGACAUAGAAGCGUUUUCCCACACUGCGGCACCCAAGCCGAAAUCACAGUCCGAGGAAAACGCAUCUAUCCCCUGGUGACCGGUACGUUUGGCGGUGUUGACUUCUUACAUUCCGUCAUCGGCGAGGCAAAUGACCACUUCACCCAAUCUGAGGUCGACGAGGUCGACGUUGCUCUCCUGAACGCUGGAGCCUCUACCUCCGGUAGCGGUGGAGGCGCUUCCAGGGGCUUUUUGGAUAUCGCCGCCCCGAAGGAUUUCAUCUCGCUCAUCGCCAAGAUCCCUGGCGAUGGAACAGGUUUCGCUGCUCAAGCUAGGGAGCUCAAGGCCAUGUCUGAUGCCCAGGAGCGAGAAAAUGAGUCACGAUCUCGUGCUGGGGGGAACACUAACGUGGUUCCCGGUAUGAGCCCAAAUUUCGAUCCGGUCAAGACUGCAAGACAAAUCUAUCCCAUCUUGCAGUUUCGCGAUAGGAUUGUGAAAGCCAUUAGCCGUGGAAUCGAAAAGAUCCCUGGCCUCGAGAAACUCCUCGAGCAUAUUAGCGAGACGCUGACUGCGUUUAUUCUCGGCCUUCUCGCACCCUUUAUUCGGCCCAUCAUCAACCAGGUCUCAAAGGUGCUAAAGGAUGGCUCCUCCGGCGUCAUCAGUGCCAGUGCCAAUUCCCAAUUCGAGCCGUGGGAUAACCCAAGAAGCUCGGACCCAACACACUCGAUGUUGUCAAAGGACCAUUUCACCAAUGUCCUAAACUCCUGUGCUGGGCGGAUUGCAGCUACAAUUCUCCAGUACACCGUUCCUCGCGUUCUCUACGCAUGGGAGAACACCAAUGUACCCGUCGAUGAAGUUGUCAAUGACGUUCUAAGGGCAUUUCACCAUCCCGCCCUUCGUGAUGAGCACAUUCAGAUCCAACGAGACAUGUUCCGCACCGUUCAGACCUGGGCCAACGAGCAUCCUCGUCGCCAUGAACUCGACCAUCUGCUCUCCUCAGAUUCUGUCAAGCAGGGCAAGAACCACAUUCUCAACCAGAAGACGAAGGGUGGUAUGAGCGGCCACGCUCAUGACGCAUGGAAUACAGUGACGCAGCUUGGUCAUGGUAAAGUGUCUGGGUCUCUCUGGGAGCAAGUCAAGACUCGAGACUUGAACUCCAUGGAGGGCCGUGAUGGAAACCCAGCUUUGAAUUAUACUUCCAAUUCUCCAGCUCCUCCUUCUCGCUACUCACCACCGGCUCAAGGAGGCUAUGGUUAUGGAGAGAGCUCUUCGUACCAUUCACAGUCUCAGACGGAAUCAUCUCAUAGUCAGUCCUCUGGCUAUCACCAAGGCUAUCACAGCCAAUCGCAGCAUUCACAGCAUUCGCAGCAGGAAUAUGGUUCUCAUCAGCCGCAGUAUCAACAACAGCAGUAUCACCACCAACAGCAACCGCAAUACGGCGGCGGGGAUCAAUGGGCACAGGGCCAGUCUCAUCAUGGAUACGGUGGCCCAGCUCAGCCGCAGUAUGCUCCCUAUCAGGGUCAAGGCCACCAGGACCAACCGCCUUCCUGGGGCUCUCAACAUGAACAUCGACACGGCUACUAAGUGUAGCAUUCCUUACUUUGGGAUUUCAGAAUGUUUCUAGAGCCGAGGGAUUUGUAUGUUGGAUAUUGGAAGCUUUUGUCUGAACCGUGUACGUUUCCGGAGGUUUUUGUCGCUAUCCGUCUAGUAAACAUAAAGAGGAUGGCCAAGUAGUACAAGUUGGAGGUGUCGGGGAUAUGAAAUACCACAUUGUCUACAUUGAAUGAGGAGCUCAUGAAUAUACGUUCUUGCAUUGC